AUUUCAAACUUAUUUCCAGGACCCGCAAGUGUAGGUGCCUUACAAAUGUCAUCUUUAACCACACAAAUUGAAGUGAGCUGGGAACUGUCAUCUAGUCUAUGCUCCCCUGACUACUAUAUCAUACGCUACAGUCUCUAUCAGAAGCUUGCCUGCCAAUCACCAGAAACCACCCCAACAGAGUUUGAAGUGAACACCAACGCCAAACAAUUCAAUAAUCUAGUGGAGUUGGAGCCUUACUCGCGAUACAAGAUCACAGUUACAGCUGUAAAUGGUGCCGGGCAGAGUGAACUCACGAUCGGCUAUUCAGAUACCAGGCCAGGACCACCGUCCAACAUUACAAAUGUCAGGGUUAAUCCAGAAAGAACGUCUCCAACACGAUUAGGAUUCACCUGGCAACCUUUCAACUGUAGAAAUGUGAAUGGAGUCUUCUGGUACUACUUUACAAGAAUCUACAAGGAUGGUGAUAGAAGUAAUACACCGACACAUCAAUAG